CCGUAACGAACAGCGUCCGCUGCUGCCCAGGAGCAAAAUGGCCGACGAUGGCAUGCUUCUCAACUUCUCGAUCCCCGACAGCGGCAUCAUAAGCAAGCCAAAUUUCAAAGGCGGGGCAUGGAGGGACCGAGUGACAGCGAAGAGAGCCGCGGCGCAUUGGCACAGCAAAGCGACUGAACGAUUGACUGGAGAGGCGGCUGCACCGGAGGCCUCUAAAGCCACGGAUGUGAACCGCACAGAGAUUGGACCGAGCAUAGGGCGCACAUCCAACGAUUCAGAGCACGACAGGUUCACCGAAAGACCUGCGAAGCGGCCGCGCGUCAGUGGGGAUUUCAGACUGAAGUCUGAUGAAAGUACAGACGCAGUAGAUUUCAGACCGCAGUCAAACGCAAACGUAUCUAAGAAGCCCAGUCAAAAGCAAGAUGUCGCGAAGGGCGGGAAACAGAUCGUCUCAUCUCUGUUCUCUUACAACCUCGCCUCAACGACGAAACCUCUAACGAAGGAAGAACUAGCGAACGAGGCGCCUGUAGAACCUUCAAAUGCGCCGCUCAAAAGCGAACUCGAUACCUUUACCUCGCUCGGUCUAUCCGCGACGCUUGCAGCGCAUCUGCUCAACAAGAUGGAAUUGAAGGCGCCGACAGCGAUCCAAAAGGCAGCGAUAUCACAGCUAGUGAAGGAUAGUGCCGACGCAUUCAUACAAGCAGAAACGGGCUCGGGGAAGACACUUGCAUACUUGCUGCCCAUCGUGCAGAGGCUCAUGGAGCUCUCCGCGAACAUGAAGAAACGGAACGUGGACGAGGCAGUCCACAGAGACUCGGGUCUUUUCGCAAUCGUACUGGCACCCACGCGAGAGUUGAGCAAGCAGAUUGCACAGGUCCUGGAGAAUCUCUUGAGAUGCGCACACUGGCUAGUUGCAACUACCGUGAUAGGUGGAGAGAAGAAGAAGUCUGAGAAGGCUCGCAUACGGAAGGGUGCGAAUAUACUCGUUGCGACGCCUGGUCGACUCGCAGACCACCUUGAACACACAAAGGCGCUAGACGUGAGCAAUGUCAGGUGGCUUGUUCUUGAUGAAGGGGACCGACUGAUGGAGCUGGGAUUCGAGGACGAGAUUCAGAAGAUUGUCGGUAAUCUAAAUCUGCGCAUGAAGGCGAAGAAAGAGGCUAGUACCAGGAUACCCGGACUGCCGGAGAAGAGGCAGACAAUCCUCUGUUCUGCGACAAUGAAAUUGGACGUCGAAAGGCUCGGCGAAAUAAGUUUGAAGAAUGCGGUGCAUAUCCGCCCAGAUCCUACGGAGAAAGAGGAGGCAGAUGAGGGGAAAGAAGAGCAGGGAUUCUUCGCACCAGCCCAACUAAAACAAUCUUUUGCUGUGGUAGCCCCGAAGCUACGAUUAGUGUCGCUGAUAAGCUUCCUGAAGCGCGCCUUUGCACGGAAGGGAUCGGUCAUGAAGGCGAUUGUUUUUAUCUCCUGCGCAGAUUCCGUAGAUUUCCACUUCGACAUCCUGACCGGCAAGCUUGAAAAAGAUGAGUCGAAAGCCGAUGAAGAAAAAGAGAGGGGAUCUGAUGAGGAGUCACCAAAGCAGAGCAUGAAGGCGAAAUCUGUCACACGGUCAGAUCCCACGAAGCUCACGGUCACAUACGCCGAAGCACCCUCACUGUCACCGAAGACCCAUUCCGUAACCGCCUACCGUCUCCACGGAUCGCUUCCCCAAGCACUUCGGACCUCCACUUUAGCCCACUUCACCAAAAAUAAGGAGCCCUCAGUACUCCUCGCCACCGACGUCGCGUCACGCGGUCUCGACCUGCCCAAUGUCGAUCUCGUCAUCGAAUUCGAUCCCGCCUUCGCCAGAGACGACCAUCUUCACCGCAUCGGCCGAACAGCGCGUGCCGGCCACGACGGGCGUGCAUGCAUAUUCCUCAUGCCAGGCUGCGAAGAAGGCUACGUCGAUAUCCUCAAGAGCGAUAGGAAAGAUGGCGAGACAGGCGUCAACAUUGGCCGCCAGGACGCGGAUGAGAUAUUGAGGAAAGGUCUCAUCACUUCGGGCGUGGCAAAGGAUAAGACUGCGUACAUGGAAAAGGCCACGGAUCUUCAGCUUAAUAUUGAGCGAUGGGCGUUGGUGUCACCUGCGCGCUUGGAGAGCGCCAGACGCGCGUUCCAGAGCCAUGUCCGCGCUUAUGCUACACAUGUAGCUGCUGAGCGCGGCUACUUCGAUAUAAAGCAGCUGCACUUAGGUCACUUGGCGAAAGCUUUCGCUCUGAGAGAACGACCAAGUGGCAUGAAGGUUCCCGGGCUCAGGACUGGCGCUGGGAGGGAGGACACGAGGCCGGCGAAGGUCAGAGGUGCUGCUACGGCGGAGAAGGCCGCUGCUGGCGGCAAGCCGGAUCUGCCGGAGAGGAACGACACGGAGGAGGCAGCGAAGAUGAGGAAGGCGGUACGCGCGAAGGAGAAAUUCAUGCGUGCUGCUGGCAUGGCUUCUGAGUUCAAUCUAGGCUGAGCCAUCGCUUCUUC